CCAAAGACGUCUCGGCACAUGCCGAGGCUUGGGAAAACGGCACUCCAAAUACUCAUCAACAAAGUCCAUCUUCAAGAACGUCGAGAGCGUCGGCAAGGACCCCUUAACGUGUCUCGAACGGUAGACGUAGGUGGAGGAAAUCAUGGACGCUGGGAUGGUGCACCAAAACUCGAUGGUCGAGCGCAGUCUUUCGCACGAAUGUGGCACACCGAGUUUCCACCCCAACGACAACAACAUUCCCAUCGAUCCGGCCCUGGGGGGAAUGCCCAUUGACCCUGAGCCGCAAGAAGAGCUUCCAGAAGUGCAUCUUCCUGAGGAAAUCGAAGAAGACGCCGAACCAAGCUCUCCCGCACACGAGCAGCAGCACUUGUACCAAGACCACUACUCCCAGGUUCCACAUGGAGAUCCGUUUGCGCCUGAGCCAGAAUAUCGCCCUCAACCAAUGUUGGUUGACAAUGCGACACCCUCGCCCUUGCCACCGUCGAAUAUGAAACAAUCCGCCAAGCGCAAGCGACCGCAAUGCAUUUCCUGCAAAAGUGCUUCGAAGGGCAGAGGCGGCGUGGACAAAAUGAUCACCUGCCCGGACUGCGAGCGCACAUCACAUAUCGCUUGCUUGAAUCUUCCCCCUAUUGCUGCGGAAGCGAUUCAAACAUAUGACUGGAUUUGCACGGACUGUAAACGCUGCGAGGAGUGUAACACGAAAGGGGACGAGGAUCAAAUCCUCUUCUGCGACUCUUGUGAUCGAGGGUUUCAUAUGUACUGCCUGAAUCCGCCCAUGGAGACCACACCUGCAGACAACUGGUAUUGUCCACGGUGUCCCCACGCCUCUACAUCGGAACGUGCCAACUCAAUCGCAUCAUCCUCCCGCUUGCCAGCCACUCCGACGACCCCCAAACGAAAGCGCAAGUCUAAAGCUCCGGUCGCAAUGGCAGAGGAGGAGGAUGUCGACGCCGAGGGUGAAGCGGAGUAUGCAGACGGGGAACAAGGCGAUGAGAUGAUCGUUGAUGGGCCUGUGGCCGCUUUUCCUCCUCGGCAAAGGGCCAAAGCCAAGAAGAGGGCGAGCGAACCCGGCUCAGUGACCAAGUCUGUGAAGCGCAUCCGCGUGCGGGCACCAACUCAACCUGAUGAGCCACUGUCAUCGGGACCCACAGUAAGGUUGCGACUACCCAAAGGCAGGCGAGAAGAGGAAGAGGAAGAGAUGGCCGCGGGUCCAUUCGUCGAGAUUUUGUUACCCGAGGAACGAGAUACGUCCAAAACUUCUAUAUUGGCUUCAGAUAAGCAAAGAUUCGAGAGGAGUCGUGCCGUCGCAGAGGUCAAGCUGAAGCCAGCUCCAACUCCAAUACACCCUUCUGACACCGAUGAUCUCUCUUAUCGACCCCUUCGUUCUGCCUUUGCACCUCCGCCCCAAACAACACUCCCCUCUCCGUCAGCAUCUCCAGCUCCAUCGUCAGCCUCCGCGCUGGGCCACCCUCAUGGCGGGAUGAAUCGUAUCAAGACGAUACGGUUCGGUCAGUUCGAUAUCGACACGUGGUAUAACGCACCGUUCCCUGAAGAGUAUUCGAACAUUCCCGAUGGUCGGCUGUGGAUAUGCGAGUUUUGCCUGAAAUAUAUGAAGAGUCGGUUCGUUGCCAACAGACAUCGGACGAAGUGCAAAGCAAGAAGUCCGCCGGGUGACGAAAUAUACCGGGACAACUCGGUUUCGAUCUUUGAAGUUGAUGGGCGAAAGAACAAGAUCUACUGCCAAAACCUGUGUCUGCUGUCCAAAAUGUUUCUGGAUCACAAAUCUCUGUUCUAUGACGUGGAGCCGUUUCUGUUCUACGUGAUCACCGAGGUGGAUGAUUGCGGUGCGCGCUUUGUCGGAUAUUUCAGCAAGGAGAAGCGGUGUCCCAAGGAUUACAACGUCAGUUGUAUCAUGACGCUUCCUGUCAGGCAGCGGUCCGGCUGGGGCAACAUGCUCAUCGACUUCAGCUACUUGUUGUCCAAGAAAGAGAAACGGAUGGGCUCGCCUGAGAAGCCGCUGUCAGGAUUGGGCGCCCUAGGGUACAAGAGCUACUGGACGCUAGCGCUGAUGCGUUAUCUUGUGACGGCCCCGGCCCAUCCUCGGAUCGAAGGUUGGUUGGUUCUGAUUGUGGAGAAACUGCCUCUCACUGGAAAGCAGACAUCUGCUAUUCGACCUCAAUGACCAUAGAGGAUGUAUACACAACAUUGGUUCAGCAGCGAAUGAUCACGGUCAAAGAAGUCGCAGUCAUACAGGUGAAACCCUCACCCGGCCAAUCAAUCAAAUACCCCAAGGGCCGGAAGAACGGAGUUGCACGGAGACAUCUGCAACGAAUGCAGACGGCGGACAAGACCAAGGCAGUUGACAAGGACACGACCGAUUUCGUACCUCCGACAGAUUACGACAUCGACUGGGACCCGGAAACGGUCAAGACGUAUCUGCAGAACUGGCAAGACAAGCAUUACCUCCAGCUGAACCCGCAAAAGCUGCAAUGGUCGCCAUACAUCUCUCCCAAUAUCCCUGGCAACGAGCCUUCUUCCACUGCAGACAUUGGCUCUUUGAUGACGACGGAGAAGAUGUGUGCUCUCGGCCUCUUGGAUAUGAAUGCAUCACGUCCUCCCAUUAUGGGCACACCCAAGUUCGCUUCGCGGCGCAGCGUGUCCCCUGUUGUAGAAGAAGCGCUGCCGGUCCAAUCACCCGCACACGAAACCCCGCGGGCACUGCGAAGCACUCGUUCCAGGGCCUCCAACCCGCACACCCCGAUCACGCCAGCACUGCGGAGUUCUCGGAAAGGCAAACAGCGGCAGAUCCGGACGCCGGACUCGGAGGAUGAUACGCGUCGGCCCAGAUCAAAAGCGGCGCCAGGCCUGCUCCAGCGCACGUCCUUUGCACGCAGCUCGACCAGAAAGUCCAGUCGGGUCGAGUCGUCUCCCGACGACGAAGGAAGCUCUGCGUCGGGUCCUCUGGCGACACCGACCCCGACCGACGACGGCAUGUGUCUGCCCAACGGCUCGAUCUGCGCGAAAUUGGAGGAGGAAGAUCCCGAAAGCGACGAGACGGUCGUUGGUCUACGAGUCGGGGCUAUGCCAGAUCCCAAUCCGAAAUCAAACGGUGUCAAUGGAGCGCUCGCGUUUCUCAACGCCGCCUGGGACGCAGACGAGAAGAUGGUGGUCGACGAGCCCGAUAUUGAUGCAGAAGGAGAGGAGGAGGAUGUCGAGAUGCCCGUCGCUUAGUUUUUGUGGUUAUUGUAUGUAAUGUACAUAUUUUUGUAGGCAGAUAGGUCGCUCGAUGAGACCGGAACUUUCACACGUGACUUGGCUUGAGGAAAUCAGUGACAUGCCAUUGAUGAAUCCUCAAUUUCGACCUGCAACGACUGGGUAGUUCUGGGAGUACAAAGUUGAUAUUACGUUUCCGCACAGACUACAGUUGGAAAGGCGGACUCAGAUUGGGACAGUGUUUUUCGGAUCGCAUGGCUGGACCAGCCAAGAAGCAGUUCGCUGAGGAGGGCCAGGAGAGUCGUCAUCCAGUUUGCCUUCGUCUUGGUCUUCAAUUGGGCGUCCUCGCUUGACCAAACGAGGAGUACUUGGUGGAAUUGUGGACUCCACCGAUCCGGGGAGGUUUUCAAUGCUUUCAGUGAGAAUGGCAAUGAUCUGGUCGUACUCUUUCACCGCUUGCUGCGCCGAAAUGUGGGUAACAGGACAGUUUCGGCUCUAAUAGCAGAGACGACUUCGACAGUCAACACACGCCGUCCGAAAAACUGGGCCAGUGCCUUCAGAACGACAUCUGCUUCCUCCUCGAAACCAGGCCAUCGGAGGAUCGUAGCCCAGAGGUAGGUCUUGAUCACGAAUUUGAU